AUGAAGAACAUUGACACAGCACCCCCCACUCUGUCCCCCAGCAGCACCCCCCACUCUGUCCCCCAGCAGCACCCCCCACUCUGUCCCCCAGCAGCACCCCCCACUCUUGUCCCCAGCAGCACCCCCCACUCUGUUUCCCAGCAGCACCCCCCACUCUGUCCCCCAGCAGCACCCCCCACUCUGUCCCCCAGCAGCACCCCCCACUCUGUUCCCCAGCAGCACCCCCCAGCAGCACCCCCCACUCUGUCCCCCAGCAGCACCCCCCACUCUGUCCCCCAGCAGCACCCCCCCACUCUGUCCCCCAGCAGCACCCCCCCACUCUGUCCCCCAGCAGCACCCCCCACUCUGUCCCCCAGCACCCCCCCACUCUGUCCCCCAGCAGCACCCCCCCACUCUGUCCCCCAGCACCCCCCACUCUGUCCCCCAGCACCCCCCACUCUGUCCCCCAGCAGCACCCCCACUCUGUCCCCCAGCACCCCCCCACUCUGUCCCCCAGCAGCACCCCCCACUCUGUUCCCCAGCAGCACCCCCCACUCUGUCUCCCAGCAGCACCCCCACUCUGUCCCCCAGCAGCACCCCCCACUCUGUUCCCCAGCAGCACCCCCCCACUCUGUCCCCCAGCAGCACCCCCCACUCUGUUCCCCAGCAGCACCCCCCACUCUGUCCCCAGAAGCAAUCCCCACUCUGUCCCCCCAGCAGCACCCCCCCACAUCUUGUUCUCCAGCAGCACCCACCUACUCUGUUCCCCAGCAGCACCCCCCACUCUGUCCCCCAGCAGCACCCCCCACUCUGUCCCCCAGCAGCACCCCCCACUCUGUCCCCCAGCAGCACCCCCCACUCUGUCCCCCAGCAGCACCCCCCACUCUGUCCCCCAGCAGCACCCCCCCCACUCUGUCCCCCAGCAUUACCCCCCCACUCUGUCCCCCAGCAGCACUCCCCCACUCUGUCCCCCAGCAGCACCCCCCCCACUCUGUCCCCCAGCAGCACCCCCCCCACUCUGUCCCCCAGCACCCCCCCACUCUGUCCCCCAGCAGCACCCCCCCACUCUGUCCCCCAGCACCCCCACUCUGUCCCCCAGCACCCCCCCACUCUGUCCCCCAGCACCCCCCAACUCUGUCCCCCAGCAGCACCCCCCCCACUCUGUCCCCCAGCAGCACCCCCCCCACUCUGUCCCCCAGCACCCCCCCACUCUGCCCCCAGCAGCACCCCCCCACUCUGUCCCCCAGCAGCACCCCCCACUCUGUCCCCCAGCAGCACCCCCCCACUCUGUCCCCCAGCAGCACCCCCCCACUCUGUCCCCCAGCAGCACCCCCCCCCACUCUGUUCCCCAGCAGCACCCCCACUCUGUCCCCCAGCAGCACCCCCCACUCUGUCCCCCAGCAGCCCCCCCCACUCUGUUCCCCAGCAGCACCCCCCCACUCUGUCCCCCAGCAGCACCCCCCACUCUGUCCCCCAGCAGCACCCCCCCACUCUGUCCCCCAGCAGCACCCCCCACUCUGUCCCCCAGCAGCACCCCCCCACUCUGUUCCCCAGCAGCACCCCCCACUCUGUCCCCCAGCAGCACCCCCCACUCUGUCCCCCAGCCCCCCCCCACUCUGUCCCCCAGCAGCACCCCCCACUCUGUCCCCCAGCACCCCCCCACUCUGUCCCCCAGCACCCCCCCACUCUGUCCCCCAGCAGCACCCCCCCACUCUGUCCCCCAGCACCCCCCACUCUGUCCCCCAGCAGCACCCCCCACUCUGUCCCCCAGCAGCACCCCCCACUCUGUCCCAGUCUGGAACACGGUCAGUAGCAUGA